UACAGUGAAGUAAUUGGCUACGUCGACGGUAUUGAAUCGCCUCGUAUUGUGGGGACUAACAAGCAGCAUAAAUUUUUUAAAUUCUAUCUAAAUAAUGGCAACGGGAGAAAAAUCCAAGUUGUCGCUUGGAACGAAGUGAUAGAUGAUAUUAUUCAUCACAUUUUGCCAAAUUUUAUUAUUCAUUUGGAUGGUGUUCAAGCGCGAUUGCCAAAAAUGACAAAUUUCAAUAACGGAAAUGUUCGGUUCGAGUUAUUAAUUCGUAAUAAUACUCGUAUUUCAAAUUUGGGAAGUUAUCAGAUGAAUUUAAUGGAGACUACUCCAAUAUCUGUAAAUUUAAGUGACAUUUUAAAUGUAUCUGGAUGUAUUGUAAUGGAAGCUUACAUAAAAACGAAUUUUGAUGAAAUACAUCAUAACAAAUUGAACAAACUUAUUGGUAUUGGAUCAGUGACAGAUGGCACCUAUAAGUUAGAAGUCCAUAUUAUUUCUUUUAGUUAUGAUGAUUAUUUUGCACUUGGGAUAAGUAAAGGAGAUAAAGUUCAAGUUACAGGCGUAAUGGAAUUAGGUAAUGUGUAACAUAUGUAAUUAUACACAUAUACAUGUAAUG